UGUCCACGACAUUUUCAGUUAAAAUUAUAAACGUCAACGUGCUGCGCAUAGAUUGGCAACAAUCAACAGUCACUGUUGAUAUCUCAAAGGACAAUAACCCUGCAGCAUAUGAGCAGAACUAGGGACUAGAGUAGGAAAUUACCCGACCCUUCUCACAGCCCCUGUCUCUGUUCAACUGUAUUGGUUCAGAGGAAUUUACUGGACUCGAGAUGGCAACAAGUGUACACAGUCGUAAAAUCGGAGAUACCCUAGUUCUUGUUCUUCUAAUAUGAUUAUUAUUAUUUUAUUUAAUUAACACUUCAUCCUCGGAUGCAGAUACGGCAUCCUCACUCUGCAGAUGUGCAUAAGAAGCCUGGAUAUCUCGGCAUUGUAGAAUAAACAGGACAGUCGAGAGUGUAGUUUCGAACCUCAGUAUUACGGAGAUGAAGAAGAGGAAGGUGGCCAUGCAGCUCAGCUGGCUCAUUCUCUGUUGGUGGACGUGUGGUCUAGCUCUCCUGAUAUUGUCAGCGAGAGAGCAUCAAGUUGAAGGAGCAAGAAGUCAUGGCACGUUCUACGAGCUCGUCGUAGUGAAGGAGUAUGACAACAAGCGAGGAUUUGAGGCGAAAGUUGUGGUCUCCUCUGAAUCUGGGAAUCAUUCACUGGGUCAAGAUAUAAGCCCCCUCAGUUUCAUUGUCAGGAUUGAGAAGAGUACGCAACUGCAAGUGUACAUCUCUGAUGCUGCGAAGCCACGAUGGGAGGUACCUCAGAGUAUGCUUCCCCGCCCUACAAUCGAUUCCAAGCUGCCUUCGCCGACUGAAACACCGCUGCUGGCCGUCACCUACACCACCAAACCGUUCGGGUUCGCAGUAACUCGAAUCUCAACUGGCGAUGUCUUAUUCAACUCCACACCGCCUGCCAGUGGUGAUUUGGAGCCUCUCUUCAACCCUCUUGUGUUCAAGGACCAGUACAUCGAGCUUUCCACUCAGCUUCCCAAGAGCACCACCCUAUUCGGAUUGGGUGAGAGCACCAGACCAGAUGGCUUGAAGCUCAAGAAAGGGAAGAACUACACUCUGUGGACCACGGACAUUGCUGCAUUGUUUGCCGAUAUAGACCUCUAUGGAGCUUGGCCCUUUUACAUCGAGGUGCGAGACGCAGGGGUUUCGCAUGGAGUGCUACUUUUGAAUAGUAAUGGCAUGGAGGUGAGUUAUGGUGAGGAGUUUCUGACGUACAGAGUGAUUGGAGGCGUCUUGGAUUUCUACUUCUUCCCCGGGCCUUCUCCAUUGGACGUCGUAGAUCAGUAUACACAGCUGGUUGGACGACCUGCCGCACAACCUUACUGGGCAUUCGGGUUUCAUCAAUGUCGAUGGGGCUACAAAAAUGUAACGAUUGUGAAGACGGUGGUGGAGAAUUUCAAGAAGGCUGGGAUACCAUUAGACACAAUGUGGAACGACAUAGAUUACUCCGACAGGUACUUGGAUUUCACGCACGACGAAGAAAGGUUUCCACUAAAAGAAUGGCGAGCAUUUGUCGAUGAGCUGCACGCCAAUGACCAGCAUUACGUCAUCCUCGUUGAUCCUGGGAUCGGCUCCGCAUAUAAUGACUACAAGACCUAUUCACGGGGUCUCGAGCAGGACAUCUUCCUGAAGACAGAGAAUGGUGAACCCUACCUGGGUCAAGUGUGGCCCGGACCUGUUGUGUACCCCGACUUCUUGAACCCUAAUGCCACAUUAUGGUGGACAAAUGAGGUGCAGCUCUUCCACGAUCAGAUUCCUUUUGACGGAAUGUGGAUUGACAUGAACGAGGUGUCCAACUUCUGUACCGGAACAUACUGUACCUGGAAUGGCACAAUUCUCGGCGGUGUCACUGAAUGCUACCUGCAAUGCACAGACACGCAUACCAAGUACGAUGACCCGCCGUUUAAGAUCAACCACUUUGGUACGCUGGAGAGCCUUGGUCACUUGACAGCAUCCAUGACCGCAAAGCACUUCGACGGGACGCUAGAGUACGACGCACAUAGCCUGUACGGCUUGGCGGAAUCCAUCGCCACUAAGAAAGCUUUAACGACUGUAAGAAAGAAGAGACCAUUCUUGUUGUCUCGUUCAACCUUUGUUGCAUCUGGCGCGCAUACAGCGCAUUGGACAGGAGACAACAAAGCAACAUACAACGAUAUAGCGUACUCUAUCGUCUCAGUGAUGAAUUCGGGCAUGGCUGGAAUACCCAUGGUGGGAGCCGACAUCUGUGGCUUCUACGACAUGGCCUCAGAUGAUCUGUGCAGCCGGUGGAUUCAAACAGGAGCGUUUCACCCGUUCAGCCGAGCUCACUCCAGCAGAGACAAUGCUCCGAAGGAAUUCUAUUUGUUCAAAAAGGUCACCGCCUCGGCGAAGAAAGCUCUAGGAUUGAAGUACCAACUGUUACCAUACUACUACACGCUCAACUGGGAAGCGCAUACCAAAGGUUAUCCCAUGGUGAGACCUCUGUUUAUGGCGUUUCCAACCGACCCGAAGACGCUUGAUGUCUCGUACCAGUUCCUCGUCGGAAAUCACAUUCUGGUGUCUCCGGUUUUCACAGAAAAUGCAACUUCGGUAGAAGCUUACAUCCCGAAAGGCACUUGGUACAACAUGUUUGAUUUCUCGCAGAUUGUCAGUAAAGGUGAAAAGUUCACCCUGCAAGCACCGUGGGAUGUGAUCAACGUGCACGUCCACGAAGGAGCAAUCAUACCAAUGCAGGAGAGCGCAUUGACGUCCGCUGCGGUGCGAAAAACACCUUUCACUCUACUCAUUCCCCUUCCCAACAGCGAUUCUGUCUCCAGCUCUGCAUCUGGGUAUUUGUUCCUGGACGAUGGAGAAGAGAUUGACAUGACCCUGAGCGCCGGCCAGUCCACUCUCGUGACCUUCGAAGCCUUGGUGGAUCGGAGAAAGAACGGCACGAUUACAUCACAUGUCGAGCAUGGGGAGUACGCGAUGAAGGAGGGUUGGAUUGUGGACCGCGUUGUAAUACUGGGCCUCGACUCUGCUUUGAGCUUUUUCCACGUGAACCAGAAGGCGAAUGCCCGAGUAAAAGUGUUGCAGAAUGACCAGAAGUUGGAGCUUUCAGGUUUGAGGAUUCCCCUAGGUGAAGACUUUCAGAUAGACUGGACCUAUGAAUGAAAAGGUUCUGAACUUAAUCAGAGUUUGCGAAUUACCGUAUGGAAAUUGAGCAAUGGUUAUAAUCUUCAA